AUGCUUACAUCCACGAUUUUCAUAGUGAUCCCCCGUCCUCCUGCUCCGCUGGACCUCUUGGUGAAGAUCUGGUAUGAUUUCCCGGAAACCCCGUCCAUUCCAACUCGGUUCGGUUGGGGUUUUUUCAUGGUGUCGCGGGACCAACUCUGCGAACCAACUCACCACCUCUUUAUCAUCCUUACAUUGCAAACUGUUGUCGAGCGGGGUGACUCUCCAUACUCGGGAGGCGUUUUCUUCCUCACAAUCCACUUCCCCACCGACUACCCAUUUAAGCCGCCAAAGGUCAACUUCACCACUCGUAUCUACCACCCCAACAUCAACUCAAACGGCAGUAUCUGUCUCGACAUUCUUAGAGAUCAAUGGAGCCCUGCUCUGACAAUCUCUAAAGUGCUACUGUCGAUCUGUUCGAUGCUCACAGACCCCAACCCGGACGAUCCGUUGGUGCCUGAAAUCGCGCAUGUGUACAAGACUGACCGCCCCCGGUAUGAAGCGACCGCCCGCGAAUGGACCCGGAAAUAUGCUAUUUGA